AUGGCACUCAUUGGUCAUCAAAAGCAAAACGAAAAUAUCACAUUUCCGUGUAGUGGCGCCUUAAUUGAUAAACGUUUCGUGCUAACCGCAGCUCAUUGUAUAAAAAAUGGUAAUCCGGUGAUUGUGCGACUGGGCAUUACAGACCUUGAUAAUUUUGAACAGAGUAUUGGCAUGGUUGAGAAGAAAAUCAAAGCCAUUCAUGUGCAUCCCAACUAUUCAUUGACUUCUGCUUACAACGAUAUCGGUUUGGUCGAAUUGGAGAGUGACGUUAACUAUUCUUCUUUGGUGUAUCCCGUUUGCUUAUUUACCGCUGCCGCAAUUCCGUUAAACAAUACUGAGUUGUAUGCCACGCGUUGGGGUGUCAAUGGUCAACGUAUUGUGGGUGCAGUACGCGUACGGAUUCUUCCAAUACCAUUGUGUCGAGAUGCUUAUGGUAAAUUUGUAAACCGGCUUAUUGCAGAUGGUAUUCGGACAACGCAGUUAUGUUCACACGCUGUAAAUCCAUCGGUAUAUGAAUGUAGUAGUGCGAGUGGACCUAUGGUCAUAGUGGAAGAUGCAAGUUUAAAUAAAUAUCGACUCGUCGGCAUAGAUUCUUUUGGUCCACGUUGUCGUUCACAGGUGCCAGACGUGCUUACUAGAGUAUCCGAAUACUUAGAUUUUAUUGAGAGCGUAGUUUGGGCAUCCUAA